AUGGAUUUGACAGUGGAGGCUAAUUUGCAUGAUUUGAUUACUUCUACCACCCACAAGUGGGUUUUUGUAGGUGGAAAAGGUGGUGUUGGUAAGACCACGUCUUCUUGUUCUAUCGCUAUCCAAAUGGCGCUUUCUCAGCCCACCAAACAAUUUUUGUUGAUCUCGACAGACCCGGCUCACAACCUGAGUGACGCGUUUGGCGAAAAAUUCGGGAAAGAUGCGCGAAAAGUUACCGGAAUGGAUAACUUGUCAUGUAUGGAAAUCGAUCCGUCUGCCGCCCUCAAAGACAUGAAUGAUAUGGCCGUGGCUCAAAAUGGCAGCGGCGAUGGCCUUGGCGAUUUGCUGCAAGGAGGAGCACUAGCCGACAUCACAGGGUCGAUCCCAGGUAUCGACGAAGCUCUUUCAUUCAUGGAAGUGAUGAAGCACAUCAAGAAGCAAGAAGAAGGCGAAGGUGAAAAAUAUGACACCGUGAUAUUUGAUACCGCACCAACAGGCCAUACUUUGAGAUUUCUACAACUACCUCAAACCUUGUCGCAGCUGCUGGAAAAAUUUGGGGAAAUCGCCGGGAGAUUCGGCCCAAUGUUGAACUCUUUCACCGGUGGUGCCCAGAACAUGGAUAUUAUGGGGAAACUCAACGAACUCAAGUCCAAUGUGGAAAAAAUCAAACAGCAGUUCACCGAUCCUGACCUGACUACAUUCGUUUGCGUGUGCAUCAGCGAGUUUUUGUCUUUGUAUGAAACCGAGCGUUUGAUCCAAGAAUUAGUGUCCUAUGACAUGGAUGUCAACUCGAUAAUCGUAAAUCAAUUGUUGUUUGCUGAUGACGACCCAGAAGUCCAAUCAAGGCGUUCAAUUGCCCGUUGGAAGAUGCAAAAGAAAUACCUGGAUCAGAUUGAUGAGCUCUAUGAAGAUUUUCAUGUGGUUAAAAUGCCACUGUGUGCUGGUGAGAUCAGAGGCCUCAAAAAUUUAAAGAUGUUCUCUAAGUUUCUGGACACAGGUUACGACCCAAAGACCGACUAUGAUGUGAUCUACGAGUUGGAAGAGCAGGAUUAG